AUGAAGUCUGCCGCCGUGACCGCACUUGCGGCCCUCGGCAGCGUCGCCGUCGCCGCCAAGGAUGGACGCACCUUUGGCGUCCUUCACUUCAACAACAAGCAACUCACCAUCGGCCGCGCGGAUCCCAUCGUGAACCCCGGCGUCCCGUCGCCUCACUUGCACCACAUCCUGGGAGGCAGCGCCUUCAGUCUCAACUCCACCGGCAAGACUCUCCAAAACUCCCAAUGCACCUCUGCACAGGUCGUGGGCGACAACAGCAACUACUGGUUCCCCUCGCUCUACUUUAGAGACCCCAAGACGAAAAAGUUUGAGCCUGUAGAGCUGUUCUACGCCCAGGUAUACUACUUCUUCGAGCCCACCAACGACGACAUCAAGCCGUUCCCCCUGGGCCUUCAGAUGGUCAUUGGGGAUGUGAAUACGCGCUCUCCUCCCGCUGGCGGGGCGAGCGGCAACACAGAUCCGUCCAAAGGCCCUCUCAACCCCAUCAAGUGGACGUGUCCCCGCAAGAGCUACGACCCGCCGUCUUGGAAGGCCGAUUCUGACGGUAGCAUGGGUGGCAUGCCUGAUAAGAACAACAAGGGUGAAGGAGUCGGCUUCCCGGAUGCCAACUGUGACGGAUAUGCCUCUCCCCUCCGCGCCGACCUUCACUUCCCGUCGUGCUACAACCCCAAGGCAGGCUUGACCGACUACAAGAAUAACAUGGCCUAUCCCACCAACGCUGGGCACGGGAGAAGGGACUGCCCCAGUGGUUGGAUCCACGUUCCGCACAUCUUCUUUGAGGUUUACUGGAAUACGCCCAAGUUCAAGGACCGCUGGACGCCGUUCCAGGGCAAGCAGCCCUUCGUUCUCUCCAACGGUGACGCUACCGGCUAUAGCCUGCACGCCGACUUCAUGUCUGGCUGGGACGAGAAGCUGCUUCAGCACAUCAUCGACACUUGCAACACGGGAGGCAAAGGUCUGGAGCAAUGCCCCGGUCUAACCUACGGGUCGACCAAGAAGGAAUGCAAAAUCGACAACCCCGUCCCGGAAACGACGAGCGGCGUACUGGAUGCUCUUCCCGGCAACAAUCCCAUUUCGGGCUGGGCUUAUGGCCCCAAGCCCAACUCUGAACACAGCUCCGAGGCGGCCGCCAAGCCUGACGCUACCAGCGAGCCAUCCGUUCAGAAGAAAGAUUCGACGACUCCGGCCUCCGCCCCAACAACCUCGAUCCCCGGGGUUGUUGGCUCGCCAUUGCCGUCGAAAGGAGCCGAGGAUGCCCAAUGCACACCCAAGAUCGUCACAGUCUGGGAGACGGUCACGGUCACCGCAGAGGCUCCCGCCGCCAAGACCCCCUCGUCCAACAACCGGCGGCGCGGCUACGACCACGUCAGACGCCAGCGCAAGCAGGAGUAG